UGUUUUUGUAAAUAUUUGACACAAAUAAUUGUACGAAACAACAAAAAAAAAUGUAAUCAUGAAGAAAGGAAAAUAUGAAUUGUUGUAUUGCUAUUUAUUGUUUUAAAUUACUUUUGUCAUAUUAUUUUCAAUGGCAGCAAUAGUGGUAGAUCUUUACAUUCAUAUUUAAUUUGAUUAACCUCUAUGUGAAACCAUUUUCACAAGUGUUUUUAGAAUUGUUUAAAGAUGUUCAUUCAUUAAAUAAUAUUUGAGAUUGUACAUAAGAAUUAAUAGCAAAAGAAAACUUUAGUAACAAAAUAUAAAUUUGGUUAUGAGAAUUUGUUUGAAAAGAUACAGAACUUGUAUAAAAUAGUUAUUUCGAAAGUGAUUCCUUUUAAAGUUUUAUCAUGAGUUCUGCAAUACAAAUAUUAUGGAAACAAGCAUUAAAAACGUUUGGCAGUAGAAGAAAUACAGGUUAUAAACUAUAUCAACAAAACUUCGAUAAUUUAUGGAAUCUAAUCAAUAAAAUAACUGCAGAAGAUGUGAAGGUAGACAAACAAAUUCUUGAUUUUGUGAAGGUACAAUCUGCUCCAAUGUGUGUUAUUGUUGUUUUUGAAAAUAGAGAUAUGACUAUUGCAAUUUUUAUGUUAAAACAUGGUGUUACAAUGCCUAUGCAUGAUCAUCCAGGAAUGCAUGGCUUUCUAAAGGUCAUCAGUGGUACUGUUGAAAUAAACAGUUUUACUUUAAAGACCAAUGGUGAUCAUAUAAAUAUGAAUGAAGAAAUAAAAGCAUUUAGGCACAAACCUAUAACGCUCCAUAAAAAUUCCCCUGCUUGUGUGCUCACACCGCAAGAUAAAAACUUGCAUGAGAUUUCAUGCAUAGAAGGACCAGCUGCAUUUUUAGAUAUACUUAGUCCCCCUUAUGGUGUAGAUGAUUCUGGGAAAGGUCCUGGACCAUGUACUUUUUUUAAAACAGUUAAUUCCAAACCUUGCACAGAUUCAGAAGAUGUUAUUGAAGAAGUUCGAUUGCUAGCUACAGAAAAACCACCAGGCUUUUAUUCUCAUAAUCUCAAAUAUACAGGACCACCUUUGAUGUGAUAAUGUAUACAUAUUUUUAUCACAUCUUUUAAGUUAUAGAAGUAUGUAUUUUCUACAUAUUGAUAGUAUUUACUUACAAAAUGGUAUUUGUACAAAUAUAAGCUAUUCAAUUUACAUUAUUGUAAACAAAACGAUUUUCGUUCAUUUGCAUUUAAGUGAAAUGUGUUUGUGUAUAUAUACAUAUAUAUGUCAAUGUAUGUAUCUUCAAAAGAAAUAUAAUUAAUAAGUAAAAGUAAAAAUAGAUAUAAAAACAAAUUAUUGGUAAAUAUUAAUAGAAAAUUAUUUCUGUAACUUUUUUUACAGUUUAAGUGGUUUUAUGUAUUAGACUUGUCAUAUUAUUUUUAUUUUAUUUAUUAUUAUAUGAUCUUUUGUAAUAUUAAAAGAUAAUAUAAUUGAUAGAUAUGUGCAUAUUGUUUAUUGUACUAUUAAUAAGCCAAAGUCAUCAUUGAUUGUUAGAAUAGAAUGUUUUGAUAAUUUAUCUUUGUAUCACAAAUAUCUGCUUUAUAUAUAGUACAAAUAAGAGUCAAAACAUAAGGUGCUUUGUUGUACAGAUAUGUAGAUCCUAUUUAAAUUAAAAGUUAAUAAUUUGUAUAUGUAAGACAAAUCUUCAGAAACAUUGUGAAGUGUAUGUAUAAUAAUUUCUGUAUCAUUUAAUUUAGGUUUUAUAUUAAGUUGAUGAUUGUUUAAUACUUAUUAAUCAAUGAAAUUAUAUUUAACAUUUAAUUAAAUACAGUAUUUUCUGAAGAUAUAUUGUACUUAAUAAUCAUUUAGUAAUUGAUUAUUAGUUUUUACAGGAAAUUAAAUAAUCGAUAUUUGUAGUCUUUAAAAAAUAUAAUUUUUGUAAAUAAUUUCUUCAGAAUUUAAAUUCAAUUAUAUAAGAUUUAAUAUUACUGAACACAUAAAUAUAAAUUUUUAUUUGUCUUGAAAAUCUUGAUUUUGAAAUUUUUAUUGAAAAUGUUAAAUCACGAAAUAUUACAAAAUGUAUGUUUAAAAAUAAUAAUAAGUGUAUAGUAUUAGCAAGGAUUAUAUAAUUACAACAUUGUAUAGGAAUCCAGGUUGAACUUUACUCUUUAUAGAUUACACCAGUCAAAUGUUUACAUUAAAUAAAAAUUUGCUUAUGAAACAUA